AUGGACAGAGAUCGCAAAGACGAUGUCCUCUCCACUGUGGAAGUGGAUGUUCUUCCCUCAAACAAGAUCGAGCAGCCCGUUGCACCAGAUCAAUUCGAUGAGAGAUACUGCACCACCCGAAAUGAAAUCUGGGCCUAUUAUGCCUAUUACAUUGGAAAUAAUGGCUUGUCUCUGUUCAACUUCGCACCAACUGCGUUUCAAAACUUGCUCUCCCAAGCAGCCCCUUCCGAUGGACUACUCGAUUUUAUAGGCAAACCUCGCACGUCUAACAGCAUCGUGCUCCUUUCAAAUGGAAUCUCCUUCGCGAUCCAAGUCGUGGUAUUCCUGGUAAUCGGCAGUUUCGCCGAUUUCGGUUACUGGAGACCCAACAUCUUGAUCGGAUUGUCAAUUGUUGCCUACGCCAUCGGCUUUGGCUGGUUGGGCGUCCAUACCCCAGACAAAUGGCAUGUUGCGGUCGGUUUGUACAUGGUCGGUUUGAUCGCUUAUCAGACCACACUUACUUUCUGGACUGCUGCGUUCCCAGGAUUGGCACGCAAUUCCCUUGAAUUGAAGGAAAAGGCGGACGCCUAUGCCGCCGGGAUGAUAACUCGCGAUGAAUAUGACUAUGCCGAUACUAUGAUGCGCAGCAAACUUUCCAAUGUCGCUUUCUACGUUCAGUCCGUCGCGGAGAUUUUCAUUUUGGCGAUUAUUGUGGGAAUUAUGUUCGGGUUGCGUGUCAAUGAUAGUGACAGCAAUAACAACUGGGGACUGAGUGUGCUAAUCGCAUUCGUCUCUGGUGUGUGGUUGCUUGUCUCGAUUCCGUGGUUUGUUCUUGAGAAACGCCGUCCGGGUCAAGACCCUGGGAAACGGUCUAUUUUUGUUGCAGGCAUGUGGCACUUGUGGCAUGCAAUGAAGCAGAUCUGGCAUUUAAAGCAGAGUCUGAUCUAUCUGAUUGGUUAUUUCUUACUUGGAGACUCUCUCAACACCACUGUAACUGUAAUUGGAACUUUGCAGAAUGGCAUCGUUGCUUACAAUACCCUACAACUGACCUACCUUCUUAUGGUUGGUAUUGCUGCACAGGUGAGCUUCAACUUCCUGGGCGAUUUUCUUCCUAAACUGACAGAUCUCUCUCAGGCAGUUGGUAUAUACGCAUUUUGGAAAAUCCAGCAACGCUUCCAGCUCGGAACCAAAACUAUGUUCAACACCAUCGCCAUUGGAAUCAUCCUACUUGAUGGCUGGGGCAUGAUCGGUAUCUGGACCCACAAGUUUGGUUUCCACAAUGAAUGGGAAGUCUGGGUCUACCAAGCGUUUUACGGCCUUUUCAUCUGCCCUUGGUACAGCUACUCGCAAAUCAUGAUCUCAGAGGUUACACCCCGUGGCCAUGAGUUCCUCUUCUUCAGUCUCUUCAAUAUCAUCGGCAAAACCUCGUCUUUCAUUGGUCCCAUCGUCUCUAGUGCAAUUAUCGAUGCGACUCCAUCGGGCAAUGUCUCGACGCCAUUCUACUUCUUGUUUGGGCUGAGCGUUGUCAGCUUUUUGAUUCUGUUCUUGGGUGUUGAUUUAAAGAAGAGCCAGAAAGAGCAGGAGAGAUUCUUGUCGGACAAGUUGCGUCAGUUGGAUGCUAGCUCAUCGUCUUCUGAUGAGGAGAGUUCUGCGGCGGUCUGA